AUGGCGGGAGGCAGUGCGGCGACGGCGACUACCUCCGCGGGUCUUGAUCGCGCUCGUGGUGCGCAGUGGGGCGCGUCGAGACCGGCCGCUUCUCGACCAACCGUAGCCUCUGAUUCCGCCGCGAUUUGCGCGUCUGGCGGCGACGACGGGCACGGGCACGGGCGCGGGGAUAACGUGGGCGCAGUUCGGCGGGAAGAGGGGCGCGAGGGGGGGAAGGGCAAGGCGCAGUGGCGCGUGGAAGCGCCGCAAAAGGGGCGGGAGGGGCCGGAGGAGCAGCAGGCGGAGGAGGACGAGAAUAUGGGGGGAGCGCACGGGGGCGCGGAGGACGGCGGGGAUGGCGGAGAUGCGGGGGACGGGGCGGACGGCGGGGAGUUGCGCAAGGGGCAGUGGACGGCGGAGGAGGACGAGCUAUUGCUGAAGUGUAUUCAGCAAUACGGAGACGGCAACUGGAGUUCCAUCCCCAAGCGCGCAGGCCUGCGGCGGUGCGGCAAGAGCUGUCGGCUGCGGUGGGCGAACUAUCUGCGCCCGGAUCUGAAGCGAGGGGCGUUUUCAGACGACGAGGAGGACCUGAUCAUUCGCCUGCACGCCGCGUGGGGGAACAGGUGGGCCAAGAUUGCCCUGGAGCUACCAGGGCGGACGGACAACGACAUAAAGAACCACUGGAACACCAAGAUGAAGCGCCGCCUCAAGGAGCAGGGCAUCGACCCUGACUCGCACCGACCCCUCUCCUCCAUCUCCCCAGACCAGCCGCCCAAGCAGCGCGUGAAGCGCGGACCUCCCCCCGGGAGCUCCCCCGUGCGCCUGCACAAGGUGCUCAAGGACUCUCUCGCCGCCUCCCCCCUCUCCGCCUCCCCCCUUCCCGCCACCCCCCACUCCGCCACCCCCCACUCCUCCACCCCCCACUCCUCCACCCCCCACUCCUCCACCCCCCUGUCCGCCUCCCCCCUCUUAGCUCCCAAGCUCCACUCCCCUGCUGCUGCUGCGUCGUCUCUCCCCCGCGCCUCCCCCCCUCCGCUCUCGCUCCUUCCCGCGCCCCAGCUCCCUUCGUCCACGAGACGAGCAGGGGUAGCAGCAAAGGAUGCGGGAGAUUCGGCUGGAAGUGCAGGAUAUGAGGGUAAGGGUGGUGUGGGUGGUGGGAGUGGUGUGGGUGCCUAUUUGCAUACGACACGCCCGGGUGAUGGGAGUGCUGAUGUGUCAAUGCCAAGUGCUGAUGUGUCAAUGCCAAGUGCUGAGGGUAAGGCUGGUGAAUAUGCGGAUGCGGAUGCUGUAAGGAUGGAGUCGUUAGGGAGAGGCGGGUCGGAUGGUAGAGACAAGGGCUUGGGCGGGGGAGGAGGAGGGGGCGAAGGGGGUGAGGAGUUGGGGAACGGGCAAGGAAGGUUAGACGCGAGUUUGUUGCUCAAGCUGCUGGCCGGAAAGGUUGCGGCUGCUGCUCCUGCCGGUGCCGGUGGUUCUGGUGCUGCUGCUGCUGCUGCUGCUGCUGCUGCUGCUGCUGCUGCUGCUGGUACUGGCGGUGGUGGUGGCGGAUUGUCCUUGGAGCGCAAAGACCUACACCUGCUACUGCAGCAGCUACCAGUGCCGGUUCGACUCAAACUGCUGCAGCAGCACCAGCAGCACCAGCAGCAGCAGCAGCAGCAGCAGCAGCAGCAGCAGCAGCAGCAGCAGCAGCAGAAUCAGCAGUGCCGUCAGCAGCAGAAUCAGCAGCAGCAGCAGCAGAAUCAGCAGCGCCGUCAGCAGCAGAAUCAGCAGCAGCAGCAGCAGCAGCAGCAGCAGCAGCAGCAGCAGCAGCAGCAGCAGCAGCAGCAGCAGCUGCAGGAGGUGGGGAUGGAAUGGAUGGAUGUGGAGGGUGAGGACGGACAAGGGUUAGGAGGAGGACGGGGAGGCGCUGCCUCUGCCUCUGAUGCUUGUGAGAGUGAGAGCGAGGCAAUGGCACAGCAGCAGCAGCAGCUGCGGUGGCAUGUCAACCGGCUGCUGCUGCAGCGUUCUGCAAAUCUGCAACUGCGGCAGCAACAGCAGCAGCAGCAGCAGCAGCAGCAACAGCAACAGCAACAGGAGGAGCAGUGGCAGCAGCAGCAGCUCCAGCAGCAACAGCAGCGGCGGCGGCAACAGCAACGGGAGCAAUGGAGUGGGGAGAAUGGGAGGGGGCGAGAGGAUGCAAGCUCGUCUGGUUCCCAGCAGCAGCAGCAGCAGCAGGGUGUGGCGGAAUCAGCGAAUGCAGUGCUGCAGCUGCUUCGUGCACUCAAACAAGUGUCUUCCGGCCAGUCCCUCUCUUCAGCUGUUGCGGCUGCUGCUUCUGCUCUUAACUCCUCAGCACCAGCAGCAGCACCAGCACCAGCAGCACCAGCAGCACCAGCAGCACCAGUAGCAGCAGCACCCCACACCAGCUCGUUCGGACGUCACCCCCUACCCGCCUCCUCCCACCCCCACUCCCACCCACGCUCCCACUCACUCUCCUCCCCUCCCCACAACCCCCAUCCAUCCACAUCCCCGGUCUCACCCAUCCCUGCCGUUUCCCCUCUGUCUGGCGAAGCAGCUAUGUCCGUCUCUGCUCCUUGCCCCUCUUCCUCCAGCCCCCCUUCCCCUGCUGACGCCUCUCCCCCUCUGCCGUUCUCUCAGAGGGAGCUAGAGCAGCUGGUGCGGCUGCUGCCCCCGUCGCUGCUAUCCCGCCUCUUGGCUCGUCUAGAAGAUGCUAUUGAUGGAGGCGGGGAAAGCAGUGGUGGUGGUGGUGCCGCUGGUGCUGGUGGUGCUGCUGCAGGGGAUGCAGCAGGUGUUGCUGGUAGUUCUGCGGCUGGUAGCCUAGCAGAAGAUGGGUUAGGAACGGUGGGUAGCGGUACUGCAAAAGCUGUGGCUAGCAGCAACGCAGCUUCUGCGUCUCCUCUCAAGGGUCAUGUGCCCCCGCCCGCUUUCCUUGCCUCCUCUCUCCUCGGUUCUUCGCGCCGUCAGCGCUCUUACCUCCCCUCCUCCAAUCCUCCUCCUCCUCCUGCUCCUGCUGCUGCUUCUGCUGCUUCUGCUGCUGCGGCUGCUGUGGCUGCUGCUGCUGUUGCUGGCUUGGCUGCCUCCCUCGUUGCUCCCUCGUCCUCCCUCCUCUCCUCCUCUCUGCACUCCUCGCUCUCUUCCCAACCAACCGCCAUGCCUCCGCCCUCUUCCCUUCCUCCUUCCUCUCGCCUCACUCAAAACCAUCGACAGCAACAGCAGCUGCAGCAGCAGCAGCAGCAGCAGCAGCAGCUGGAGCAGCAGCGGCUAGAGCAGCAGCAGAUGGAACAGGAUGGCCUUUCAACCCAGCUACUUCCUGUCCCAUCCACCUUCUCCCCUCCCCCUCCCCUUUCCGGCAAUGACGAUCCGUCUGCUCCCUUCCCCCGUUCCCCCUCCCCUCCCCCGUCGCUCUAUCUUGAGCUCGCCUCCCCCUCCUCCUCUGCGCUUAGGGCGUGUGGUGGGCGCUUUAGAUUUGAUGAUAUGCCUAUUAGGGGAAAUAAUAGGUAUGGCCACGAGAAGGUGGAAUUUCCUGCUGCUGCUGACGCCUCUGCCUCUGCCGCCGCCGCCGCCGCUGCUGCUGCUGCUGUUAAUGGUGGCAGUGGUGGCUGUGCUGGUGGUGGUGCGUUGGGGGAAGCAGGGAAUGGGAUGGGGCGGAGAGGCAGCAUAGGGUUUGAGGAUGGAAAUUCCCUCUCGCUCAUGCCCUCCCCGUGCCUGCCAGACGAAGCUGUAGCGGCUCCUGUGCCUGCUACAGCUGCAGCGACAACUGCUGCUGCUGCUGCUGCUGCUGCUGCUGCUGCUGCUGCUGCUGCUGCUGCUGCUACUAGUUCAAUCUCUGGAGAAGCUUCAGAAGCCAGUGGGAGUAUGGGAGCAGAUGGGGGAGGAGGAGCGGCAGCAAGAGCAGUAACGGCGGCAGCAGUAGCAGCAGGGGCAGCUCAUGGGCCGAGCUUAACAAUACCACGAGCAGCAGCAACAGCGAGCGGAGGAGCAGCAGCAGCAGCAGCAGCAGGGAGUGCAGGGGCAGCAGCAACAGGAGGAAGCGGAGGAGCAGCAUCGACAGGAACAGGCGAGACUACCACACCGACACUCAAGAGACGCCCGUCGGCCUUCCGAGUGCUGUCUGUGGUCAUACCCACAGACACCGCUGCUGCAGACGAGCCCCCUCCUGCCCCCGCGCCUGGUAGCCGCGGUUCCACUGGACGAUCCAUGCCCCUGCUGCCCUUGGACCUUGCGGGAGCAGGAGCAGGAGCAGGAGGAGGGGCAGGAGCAGGAGGAGGAGGAGGAGGAGUGGGGGUUCCUGGUGGUGUUGGUGCUGAUGGGGGAGGAGAAGAGGGAGGAGGAACCGCAGCAGGAGCAGCAGCAGCAGCAACCACAGCAGCGCCAGUGGGAGGAGCAGCAGGGCAGGGGUUGGGUGCGCCCCCUGUACCGUCCUUCUCUCCCAGAAGCCCCUGGGGGAGUGACAACCAGUUCUGGGACUUCAGCAGCGAGAGCAGCGAUCUAGCCGGACCUGCCUUCCUCCCGUCCCCCAACUUCCUCCCCCCACCGCCCUUCACCCCGUCGUCCAUCCCCGUCCCGUUCACUCCAUCAUACCCGGUUCCGUUUACUCCCUCAUACCCUAUACCGUACAGCCCGGGUGCUGCUGUGAGAGACCUCACUGCGUUUGAUAGGGCCCCGCUGGCCUCUCCUGCCACGCCGCAGUCCCGCUCCCUCUUCCAUUUCCUGCAGAGCAUUCCGGAUUGCUCCAGAGGCUCCUCCUCUUCUUCCGCUGCAGUCAACACACCGGGAGCAGGGGUUUUCGCUCCUUCCCAUCCUGCCGCCGCCGCCGCCGCUGCUGCUGCUGGCACUGCUGCAUCCGCCCAGGUAACAGGGUUACCAGCAGGCAUAACACCACCGGCCAGCACCAGUGCUGAUGCUGCAGCAUUUGCUGACAGAGAGAAGGGUUUGAAGGGGUUUCGAGAUCCGAUUUCGCCACGGCCUGCUGUACCUGCUUUUGCUGUCUCUGGCGUCGCUCCCACCACCGCCCCUGUUACUGCUGCACCUUCUGGUAGUGGUGCUGCAGGUAAUAGCACUUCAUCUUUUCCCCCCGGUUGCUCGAAAUCGCUCAUGCCUCCUCCGCCGCCUCGUACGCUGGUUCCCAAGACCCCCAGUCAGGGGCAAGCGGGCGACCUUCCCUUCCCGCCUGAGGAGCGUGUGAGGAAUGAGAAAGCUCGUUUGAGUGCCGGGGGGAAGGAGGAGGAGCAGCAGCAGCAGCAGCAGAAGGGGAGGGUGGAAGAGGGUGAGAAAGGGGCAGGAGAGGAGAAGAGAGGGGAUGGGACAGAGGAAAGGGAGGAUAUGGAAGUUGAGGUGAAAGGGAGUGUGUCUUCAGAGCUUGGCAAGCAGCAAGAAGCAGCAACAGGAGGAUUAUCAGCAGCAGCAGCAGCAGCAGCAGGAGCAACAACAGGAGCAGCAGCAGCAGCAGCAUCAACGGCAGCAGCAAAGUCAGACUCCCCUCCCGCGCCAGUUUCACCUGCUCGCAACACCAGUGCUGCUUCGGUUUCUCAGACUCGUUCAGCCGUCGCAGCGUCUGGUGCAUCGUCAGCGUCUGGUGCAGCUGCUACAGCACCGAAGCCGAGGAGGACCGAAGCCGAGGAGGACCGAAGGGGAGGCACCGGGAGUGGCUCGGUUCCCUGUGCUGCUGCAGCAGCCAGUGACUCUGGGGUUGGCCGCCAAGCGACCAGCAUAGGGGAUGCGAUUCAACCAGAUGCGCCGCCCGUUGACCCCCCAGGCACCCUAGUGGAUCCCUCUCCACCGCAUCACCACGAGCAAAAAGAGGGUACGAUUCACAACCAGCAGCAACAAGAGGAGCAAGGCAAGCCAGGAGGUCUGCACAAGUGGCUUUCACUUGACAUCGAAGACUCGACAAAAGCUAAACCACCUUAG